CACUCUUUUGCAGCACAUAGAGUAGAGAGGAACGUUUCUGCUUUUGCACCACCGCCUUUUUCGCUUUUGUAAAAUAUAGACUUGGAAGCGCAACACCCGCAGCCGCACCACGUGACCAAAUGCGGAAAUCAUCCGACUGAGGAAAGUAGAACAGGAGGCGAGAGGUGAGGGUUUGGUGCCCGCCUGAUUUUCAGAGGCUGUUGCUGCUGCUGCUGCUACGUGUUUCGGAGAAGGUUUCCACUUAACCCCACGGUUAAAUGUACGAUUUCCGUAUGGUGUGAGUAAAGAGUUGUUUUGAGGUCGGACUGCUGAGAUGACAAGGCUGUGACCGUGUGUGACUAAGUGUGUCUGUAUUGGACUCAUUCCUGUGAGAUGGCUACUGCAAAGAAAAGUUGUGCUAAGGCGGGAGGCGUGCGCUUCUCAGAGGAACCCCACGCUGCAUCUUCACACGUUCAUUUCGAUGAAAAGCUACAUGACUCCGUUGUCAUGGUGACUCCAGAAGAUGAUGGCAACUUCUUGGUCAAGGUCGGCUUCCUGAAGACACAGCACCGGUAUGAAAUAGUGUUCACCCUUCCUGAGAUCCCAGCUCUGGGUAAAAAUGUGUGUCCAGCGCCGCUACCCGGCCCACACCUCCGGAUCACUGAUAUCACACCGGCACAAGAGGGAGGUCUGAAGAUAACGUGCGAGUACAUAACCCAGCACGAGGGAGUUCUGUGUGAGGAGGUGAUGCUGCUGAGCGAGACCAACGACGACGUCUGCGUCAGAGUUAAAGUUCACGCCAGAGUCAUGGGUAAGGUUGUGUUUAACAACAUAUAUGUGAUAAUAUAA